AAAAAGAAAUAAUAAUAAAAAAACCCAUAAUUUAUGAUUUCCUUCCUUCAAUGGAACCUUUGCUGGAAAACAUCUGUUAAAUAAGUUGAGAAACUUCAGUCUGAAAGUAGAGUUUCAUAGCCUUAUCCAUUUAAGGGCUUCUUUUACUUAUCUAAUGAUUGUUUACUCAGAUUCUCCUACUUCUUUGUAGCCUAGAAUCAGAAACAACUAUUUCUGUGAUCAAAGUGACUUGAUUUAUUUAAGUUUCAUACUAAGCCUCACUUGAAUCUCCAGAAUGGAGAUUAAAAUUCUUUUCUUUCUAUUUCUUUUUCUGGGUACUGCGAUUUCAUGGGUAGAAUCUAAGUACAUGGUUUAUAAUACUUCACAAGGCAUAGUUCCUGGUAAGCUUAAUGUUCACUUGGUUCCUCACACUCACGAUGAUGUUGGUUGGUUAAAGACUGUUGAUCAGUACUAUGUUGGCUCCAACAAUUCAAUUCAAGGUGCUUGUGUGCAAAAUGUGUUGGAUUCUCUCAUUCCUUCAUUGUUGGCUGACAAGAAUCGCAAAUUUAUUUAUGUUGAAACAGCAUUUUUCCAACGAUGGUGGAGAGAUCAGAGUGAGGCUAUGCAGCAUGUUGUCAAGCAACUUGUGAGCUCGGGUCAACUAGAAUUCAUAAAUGGUGGUAUGUGCAUGCAUGAUGAGGCAGUGACUCAUUAUAUUGACAUGAUUGAUCAGACAACUCUCGGGCAUCGGUUUAUCAAAAAGGAAUUUGAUAUGACUCCAAGAAUUGGUUGGCAAAUAGACCCUUUUGGACAUUCUGCCGUGCAGGCUUAUUUGUUGGGAGCUGAAGUUGGAUUCGAUUCUCUUUUCUUUGGCCGGAUAGAUUACCAAGAUAGAGCCAAGCGUAAAAAUGAGAAGAGUCUUGAAGUUGUCUGGCAGGGUUCUAAGAGUCUUGGUUCAUCUGCAGAGAUUUUUGCUGGUGCAUUUCCUGAAAACUAUGAGCCUCCACCUGGUGGUUUCUACUUUGAAGUCAAUGAUCCCUACCCAGUUGUUCAAGAUGACAUUAAUUUGUUUGAUUACAAUGUCCCAGAGCGAGUCAAUGACUUUGUUGCUGCUGCAAUAUCGCAGGCCAAUAUAACUCGAACAAAUCAUAUAAUGUGGACCAUGGGAACAGAUUUUAAGUAUCAGUAUGCAGAGUCAUGGUUUCGGCAGAUGGAUAAGCUGAUCCAUUAUGUUAAUAUUGAUGGACGUGUCAAUGCUCUCUAUUCCACACCUUCAAUAUAUACUGAUGCAAAACAUGCAACAAAUGAAUCCUGGCCAGCAAAAACUGAGGACUAUUUCCCUUAUGCAGAUCGUGCAAAUGCUUACUGGACAGGGUACUUUACAAGUAGACCAUCCUUGAAACGCUAUGUCAGGAUGAUGAGCGGCUAUUACUUGGCUGCAAGGCAACUUGAGUUUUUUAAAGGGAGAAAUAAUAAAGGGCCAAGCACAGAACCAUUGGCAGAUGCUCUGGCAAUUGCUCAGCAUCAUGAUGCAGUUACUGGUACAGAAAAGCAACAUGUGGCUAAUGACUACGCAAAACGACUGUCAAUAGGCUACACAGAGGCUGAAAAAGUAGUUGUAUCUUCCCUCGCUUUCUUGGCCGAGUCAAAAUCACAUAUCAGAGGCGAGAGUUUAGCUGCAAAAUUUCAACAGUGUCCACUCUUGAAUAUAAGUUACUGUCCUGCAUCAGAAAUUGAUCAUUCACAAGGGAAAAACUUGAUUGUUGUGGUGUACAAUUCUCUUGGAUGGAAGAGAGAAGAUGUGAUUAAAAUUCCUGUUAUCAGCGAUGAUCUUACUGUGCAUGAUUCCGAAGGAAGAGAAAUUGAAUCACAAGUUAUUCCUAUAGCGGAUGCCUAUGGGCCCCUAAGGAACUCCUAUGUUCAGGCAUACUUGGGUAGACCACCAACAGAUACAGCCCAGUAUUGGCUUGCAUUUACAGUCUCCGUUCCACCUUUUGGUUUCAGUACUUACACCAUUUCAGGUUCCCAAAAAGCAGGCGCUCGUUCAAGCAAAUCAUCCAUGUAUACAUUUCAAGGAAGUGAUCAAUCUACUAUUGAAGUUGGUCAAGGAAAUUUGAAGCUUUCCUUUUCUGCAGAUGAAAGCAAACACACUAAUUAUAUUAAUAGCAGAAGCUUGGUUGAGGAAUCGGUUGAACAGUCAUUCAGUUUUUAUGCUGGAUAUAAUGGGACUGGAAAUAACAAAGAUCCACAGAAUGCUGGGGCGUAUAUCUUCCGUCCAAAUGGGACAUUCGCCAUAAAGCCUGAAAGAAAGAUUCCUUUGACUGUCAUCCGUGGAUCUAUAAUAGAGGAAGUACAUGAACGCAUCAACCAAUGGAUAUAUCAGAUCACUAGAGUAUACAAGGGGAGGGAGCAUGUUGAAGUUGAAUUUAUUGUUGGACCUGUACCCAUUGAUGAUGGAAUUGGUAAAGAAGUUGCAACACAGAUUAUAACCACCAUGGCGACCAAUAAAACAUUCUAUACAGAUUCUAAUGGACGUGAUUUCAUCAAAAGAAUUCGCGAUUAUAGGACAGACUGGAACCUUGAAGUGAACCAACCAGCUGCUGGAAAUUACUAUCCAAUUAAUCUUGGAAUUUAUACCCAAGAUGCUCAGAAAGAAUUUUCAGUUUUGGUGGAUCGACCUCUUGGAGGAUCUAGCUUAGUGGAUGGACAAAUAGAGCUGAUGCUCCAUCGGAGACUGCUACUUGAUGAUUCCAGGGGUGUUGCAGAGGCUUUAAAUGAAACAGUUUGUGUUCAAGAUCGUUGUGAAGGAUUAAUGAUCCAAGGAAAAUAUUAUUUCAGAAUUGACCCUGUAGGAGAAGGUGCUAAGUGGCGUCGUUCUUUUGGCCAGGAGAUAUAUUCACCCCUGCUACUGGCCUUUGCUGAAGAGGAUGGAAAUAACUGGAUUAAUUCUCGUGUAACCACUUUCUCAGGCAUUGAUUCCUCCUAUAAUUUACCUGAUAAUGUUGCUGUUAUAACUCUUGAGGAACUUGAUGAUGGAAAAGUUUUACUUCGGUUGGCACACCUAUAUGAGAUUGGAGAGGACAAGGAUCUUUCUGUGACGACGAGUGUAGAACUGAAGAAGUUGUUCCCUGACAAGAAGAUUAUUAAAGUGGCAGAAAUGAGCUUAUCUGCCAAUCAAGAAAGGACUGAAAUGGAAAAGAAGAGACUUGUCUGGAAAGCUGAGGACUCAGAAAGACUUCGCGGAGCAAUAACUAGGGGUAGACCUGUAGAUCCUGCAAAACUGGUGGUAGAACUUGCUCCGAUGGAAAUCCGCACCUUUGUUAUUGAUUUUGAUCGCAUGCCUCAUCUCAAACACCACCUCCUAUUUGAUGUCUGAUGGCAGUGGGAUAUUACAGGGAAAGUUCCUAACAACCCUGGGCGUCCAUUGUGCUGAUUUCAGAUAUCUUUUUUACCCCAUGAGUGUGCAGUUGGACUGUUGGUCUUAUUUUGCUGAUUAUAUAUGCUCUGUAUCAUAGAGGUCAAGUGUGGUUGUGUGUAAUAAGUAAUAAUUCUGUUUCUUCCAUCUUAAUGGAGUGGAAAUGUGAGAAAUAUUUUUCAUACAAGUUCUGUUUAUUUGUGUUUGAUCA